GCCUCAGCCCGGCCACCAGAAUCACCACCGCAAGAGGGGGGUGAUCGUCCAACCUCCAGGGACCGACCCUGAAGCACGCGCGCUUCCAGGAGUAGCGUCGACUUUUAUUACUUCCACUCCAUUGCGCUCACCACCCUGCAUCCUCGACCUUAAACAUAUCGCGCAACACUGCUACCAUGGCUUACAACAACAACUAUGGCGGCGGCUACGGCCAGUCUAAUCCUUACGACAAUCAAAACAACAAUGGACGACCUCCACGAGCCGAUGUCGAAAUGCAGCCUCUUACUAGCGGCGAUGCUGCCUUCGAAUCAAAUGCGCCUCAAGGCGAUCCCAACGCCAUUUUGAAUGAUUGCCGUGCCGUCUCUCGCGCAAUCGAUGACCUCGAGAACCGUCUAGAUGAGCUCAAGCGAAUGCAGCGCACCUUUGUCGGCGGAACAGGAGCUUCCAAUCGGGAUGUUGACAACCUCAGCGCGGACAUUAUGAGUGGCUACCGUGGUCUCGGUGACCGUGUGCGCAGAAUCAAAUCACAACCUGACGCCAGCAAUUCGCGUAACAAGGCACAAGUCGAGGCCCUGGACCGUAGGAUCCGCAAGGCCAUCCAGCACUAUCAGACGCAGGAGUCACAGUUCCGGAAGGAGGUUCAAGAGCAGCAGCGUCGGCAAUACUUGAUCGUUCGACCAGAUGCCUCCGAGGCAGAGAUUCGAGAAGCGACAGAGGCUGGCGGUGAUACACAAAUCUUCCAGCAGGCCCUGCUAAAUUCCGAUCGCCGCGGACAAGCCCAGAGCACCUUGCGUAAUGUGCAGCAACGUCACGAGGCCAUCCAACAGAUUGAGCGGACUAUGAUUGAGCUACAACAAUUAUUCCAAGAUCUGGACGCUAUCGUCGUUCAGCAGGAGGCCCCCAUCAUGGCCAUCGAGCAGAAGGCCGAGGAUACCAACAUGCACCUCGAGGCUGGCAAUGUGGAGGUUGGAAAGGCCGUCAACAGCGCACGUGCUGCACGAAAGAAGAAGUGGAUCUGCCUGGGCAUCUGUGUUGCAAUCCUCAUCGCUAUCAUCGUUCUCGUUCUCAUCGUGGGUGCUACACAAGGAUGGUUCAAGAGCAACAGCAAGGACGCGCCCAAGACGAAUUAGAAUGACCCUUAUGCUGUCGUCGGUGCUGCACACGAUCGGAAUUCAUCACUGCUGCUACCAUUGGUCCCCGCGACGAUGUCUGGCUGCGAUGCAGACGGCUGUGCGACUGUCACUGCGCCUACACAAACAUUCUGGAUAGACGUCACCCCAACAAGUCGAAAUAUUACGCCUCAGAGCUCCCUGGCAU